GGAGGGGGCGGGGCCGGAAGCGUUGGCACUCAGGCCUGGGGGCGGGCAGUAGUGAGCUCUCCGUGGUGCGCCCGGGUGGCCUUGGCAUAGGACGCUCAGAGCUCUCAACCGGACAGCCCAGGUGCUAAGUGCCGUUGUCAUGUCGUCCGUGAGCCCCAUCCAGAUCCCUAAUCGCCUUCCGCUGCUGCUGACCCACGAGGGUGUGUUGCUGCCCGGUUCCACUAUGCGCACGAGUGUGGACACGGCCCGCAACCUGCAGCUCGUGCGGAGCCGCCUGCUCAAGGGUACGUCGUUGCAGAGCACCAUCCUAGGAGUCAUCCCCAACACGCCCGACCCGGCCAGCGACUCGCAGGACCUGCCACCUUUGCACAGGAUUGGGACGGCUGCCCUGGCAGUUCAGGUUGUGGGCAGUAAUUGGCCCAAGCCACACUACACUUUGCUGAUCACAGGCCUGUGCCGGUUCCAGAUUGUGCAGGUCUUAAAAGAGAAGCCCUAUCCCGUGGCUGAAGUGGAGCAACUGGAUCGACUUGAGGAAUUUCCCAACACUAGCAAAGCCAGGGAGGAGCUGGGAGAGCUGUCGGAGCAGUUCUACAGAUACGCAGUGCAGUUGGUUGAAAUGUUGGAUAUGUCAGUCCCUGCCGUUGCUAAAUUGAGACGUCUUUUAGAUAGCCUUCCAAGGGAAGCUCUACCAGACAUUCUAACUUCGAUUAUUCGAACAAGCAACAAAGAGAAGCUGCAGAUCUUAGAUGCUGUGAGCCUGGAGGAUCGGUUCAAGAUGACCAUACCCCUGCUUGUCAGACAGAUUGAAGGCCUGAAAUUACUUCAAAAAACACGAAAACCCAAACAAGAUGACGACAAGCGGGUUAUAGCAAUACGCCCCAUCAGGAGGAUUGCACAUAUCCCAGGGACAUUAGAAGAUGAGGAUGAGGAAGAAGAUAAUGAUGACAUUGUCAUGCUGGAGAAAAAAAUAAAAACAUCUAAUAUGCCGGAGCAGGCUCAUAAAGUCUGUGUCAAAGAGAUAAAAAGACUCAAAAAAAUGCCUCAGUCAAUGCCUGAAUAUGCUCUGACUAGAAAUUAUUUGGAACUUAUGGUGGAGCUUCCUUGGAACAAAAGCACGACUGACCGCCUGGACAUUCGGGCAGCCCGGGUUCUUCUGGACAAUGACCAUUAUGCUAUGGAAAAGUUGAAGAAGAGAGUUCUGGAAUACUUGGCUGUCAGACAGCUGAAAAACAACCUGAAGGGCCCAAUCCUCUGUUUUGUUGGCCCUCCUGGAGUAGGCAAAACAAGUGUGGGGAGAUCGGUGGCCAAGACUCUGGGUCGAGAGUUCCACAGGAUCGCACUUGGGGGCGUGUGUGACCAGUCUGACAUCCGAGGACACAGGCGCACCUAUGUGGGCAGUAUGCCUGGUCGCAUCAUCAAUGGCUUAAAGACUGUUGGAGUUAACAAUCCAGUGUUCCUGUUGGAUGAAGUUGACAAGCUGGGGAAAAGCCUACAGGGUGAUCCCGCAGCAGCUCUGCUUGAGGUGUUGGAUCCUGAACAAAACCAUAACUUCACAGAUCACUAUCUAAAUGUGGCCUUUGACCUUUCCCAAGUUCUUUUCAUAGCUACUGCCAACACUACUGCCACCAUCCCACCAGCUUUGUUGGACAGGAUGGAGAUCAUUCAGGUUCCAGGGUACACACAGGAGGAGAAGAUCGAGAUCGCCCACAGGCACCUGAUUCCUAAGCAGCUGGAACAGCACGGCCUGACUCCUCAGCAGAUUCAGAUCCCUCAACUUACCACCCUGGCCAUUAUUACCAGAUACACCAGAGAGGCAGGAGUCCGUUCUCUGGACAGAAAGUUUGGGGCCAUUUGCCGGGCCGUUGCAGUGAAAGUUGCAGAAGGGCAGCAUAAAGAAGCCAAGCUGGACCGCUCUGAGGUGGCUGAUGGAGAAGGUUGCAGAGAACAUGUGCUGGAAGGUGCGAAGCCUGAAGCCAUCAGUGACACUGCGGACUUGGCCCUGCCACCAGAAAUGCCGAUUCUCAUCGACUUCCACGCUCUGAAAGACAUCCUGGGGCCACCAAUGUAUGAGCUGGAGGUAUCUGAGCGUUUGAGUCAACCUGGAGUGGCAAUAGGAUUAGCAUGGACUCCCUUGGGUGGCAAAAUCAUGUUUGUGGAGGCAAGUCGGAUGGAUGGUGAAGGCCAGCUAACACUGACUGGCCAGCUCGGGGACGUCAUGAAGGAGUCUGCCCAUCUUGCCAUCAGCUGGCUUCGAAGCAAUGCGAAGAAGUAUCACCUGACUAAUGCUUUUGGAAGUUUUGAUCUUCUUGACAACACAGACAUCCAUCUGCACUUCCCAGCUGGAGCUGUCACAAAAGAUGGACCAUCUGCUGGUGUUACCAUAGUAACUUGUCUCGCCUCACUUUUCAGUGGGCGGCUGGUGCGUUCAGAUGUAGCCAUGACUGGGGAAAUUACUCUGAGAGGGCUUGUUCUUCCAGUGGGUGGAAUUAAAGACAAAGUACUCGCUGCACACCGAGCAGGGCUGAAGCAGAUCAUAAUUCCACAGAGGAAUGAGAAAGACCUUGAAGAAAUCCCAAGCAACAUCAGACAGGAUCUAAGUUUUGUCACAGCAAGCUGCCUGGAUGAAGUUCUAAAUGCAGCUUUUGAUGGUGGCUUCACUGUCAAGACCAGGCCUGGUCUCAUUGACAGCAAACUUUAGGUCCCAACAUCAGCUGGAAUUAUGAGGUGCCAAGAGGUCCCGGCAAGGCUGGUUUUAGGCACCAGUAAGAGUAAGCAAAAUAUCCCCAAUUUGUGGACAUAAUCAAGAUAGCAAUGAGUCUGUUCAAGUAGCUGUUGAUGUUUAUUACAGAAAUAUUGGUUUAAUAAAGAAUUAAAACUAGAA